AUGUCUUCCGCACGUCCAAUGAACCCUCGAUGCUAUCAAGAGUUUAUUCUCCACUUCAUGGAGGCGUAUAUUACUGAGAUGCUAAGAGGAGUGGGCAAAAGAACGAGGAAUGGCAGAAGAGUUGCGAACAUGGCGAUGUGGAGGCUGUUGGUGAGGAUUUUACUUUUUUCUUUGACUUUUAGAGCACAUUGGAGUGAUUGUUAUCUAAAAUAUUCUACGAUGCAUCCUUUUACAGCUUAUGAACUCAAAAACAGCGUCGGUUUUCAAGAAUGUGUCUAUCAAAUUCCUCUUGCCAAGACGGAAGGACGAUCAAUCGAUCUACGCAAUUUGGGCAAGAAGAGCCGAUUUAAAAUGUGCGUUAAAAUAUAAGUAAAGCCCUUCCCUCGCUUCUGCAGCUAUUCAAAUUACACUUCAGAUCUUUACAUGAUCGAAGGUCUCUUCAGUACAACCAUUAACAACAGACUGAUAGUUGAUCGGUUCUUCGGGAGACAGGUGCAUUUAUCGCCAAAAGCCCUCCAAUUCUGGUUCGAGAAGGGAACACUGCCUCUCUUCAAGUCUGUUACUCUGUGUAAUCGAACAGGUAGGUAAAUUUGCUUUGUGUUUUUUUUUUUUAUUUUUAGCAUCUGUAAAAGACAUCCUUCGAAUCGAUGCAAUCUCAACUUCAAUCACCAUAAUUCGGAGGGUUGAGGCGGCAGAAGUGAUCACAGACUAUUCUCAGUUCUGCCAGCGUUCUUUGGAGCUGAAUUUCAACACCAGAGCCCUUCGAUUUGUCCUCACUUUGAUGGCGAAUCUUGAUCUUACCCAUCCAAAACUCGAGAAUUUCACUUUUCUUUGUACAAAUGUCUGUUACUCCACGGAGAAUGAAAUUCUUUCUGAUAAUUCUAACGUCAACGACUUGAUGACCAAGUUUCAAGAGAAGCCGAGGCUGGAUUCGAUCGCCGAAGAUCUCGUCUCACUUAUUCCGAUGGCCAUGUGCAACACUAAAUUUAAAAUUAUUUUUGUGUUUGAAGAAGACUCUCCUAUGGUUAAGGGAAUGGUAGGUGGAGUAUAAGGUUUGCUUAUCUUUUUUACUUUUAGGAACCAUCUUACACUCCAUUCUUUGAGCAGGCCAACGUUACCAUUUAUUAUGUCAAGGAAUCUCAACUCCUCGACUUUAACCGAAAGUCAAGAAGACGGCCGGAGGCUUCCGUGGAGUCCACUACUGUUUCGAAAUAG